GGUGCAGAUGUCUUUCGUGUGUAUGGGUGCUUUACAUGUUUUCUGUUUAACUUUUUUUUUUCUCAUGAGCUGAUUAAAAUAGAACAAAUGCGAUUUUAGGAACGAUAUUUUACGGUAUUGUUGAACACAAUAUUAGUUUAGUUAUAGUUUAAUGUCAGUGUUGCAAACUAGGCUGGUUAGUUAGGGUUGCUAGCUAACUUAGCUUGAUAAUAGUUAACCACGAUGAGCUAGAUAGCUUGGAUGGCUAACGCUAACAACUACUUAAUGUACCGAACUGUUAUGUAUAUGGAAAAAGUAGGUACUCAUAGGUAGUUAUAGCUAGCUUGUUAACUAUUUGCUCUAGAUAGCUAGCAAUAAAACCUUUAAAAUGGAAGAUUCUGUAAGAGGUCUUAAGCUUAAAUUUUAGCUAGCAGCUAGUACACGUGAACUUUAGUAAAUUACUCUAGAGUCCAAAAUUCGUUGUGAAUAAAAAUUAAACAAUCCCUAUGUUUCAUAUGGGAGCAACCAGUGAGAUACGGUUUCUUCUACUAACCCUUAUACUCAGAAUAUUUACACAAAUUAUAUGUGGGAGUGGUAGCUCAGACACCUGUACAUGGAGGCAGUUAACAUGUGCACAAGACUCCUGUGCCAUGUUGGCACUAGGCACCUGUCUGUCUGUUUCUCGACGAGCUGGUACACUCUUCCUUCCAUAUUCCGCCAUUCUAACAUCUCACUCUCCCAAGCCCAGGCUUAUUCCUCUCGUGGAAGGAGGUCAGAUAGUGACCCAAUUAAAGGCAGGGAACAUGAACUCUCUUCACCUGAUCGUACACUGGACUUUCAGAUGACCAGUUUGCAGAUCAAUUCAGUGCUGCGAGCUAAUGAACAAUCAGUACGUAUUCCAGAAUUCGAUGGCCGUGGUGGCCUUAGCCCUGUGCUGAAGUUUGAGAGCAAUCAGCUUGCAGCCAAUUCUCCCCUAGAGGACAGACGCAGCAGUACCACAUGCCUGCAGACUCGGGGUAUGCUGUUUGGUGUUUUCGAUGGCCAUGGUGGUCACGCGUGUGCUCAGGCUGUUAGUGAGCGACUACCUUAUUAUAUUGCUGUGGCUAUGAUGCCAGAGGCUAGCCUCGAGGACCUUGAGGCUGCCAUGGAGAUGAUGCGGCCUGUACCUCCAAUUCUUCAAUGGUACAAGCACCACAACGACUUCAACUAUCGAGAGUCUGCUGCUCUCUAUGUGAAUCACUUGCGCGUUUACUGGCAGGAGCUCCUUGCAAGCGAAGAGCACGGUAAUGGUAUGAGCCCUGACGAGGCACUUUGUUACGCUUUUCAGCGUCUGGACACGGACCUCUCCCUGGAGGCACAGGUCCCAAUGGCCAGCGAUCUCAUGCGCAACACGGCUGUCCAGGCUGCCUUCACGGGUUGCACAGCCUGCCUUGCUCACGUGGGGCCAGAGGGCAUAUUUGUGGCAAAUGCCGGCGAUUGCCGAGCUGUGCUGGGUGUGCAGGAGAGCGAUGGGAGUUGGAGUGCGCUGCCCCUUACAAAGGACCACAAUGCCACCAACCAGGCAGAAGUGGAGCGGGUCCGUUCACAGCACCCAAUGAGUGAGCACCAGACGCUCCUUGUGGAUGACCGCCUCCUAGGGGUGCUGAUGCCGCUGCGUGCUUUCGGGGAUGUCCGCUUUAAGUGGAGCCGUGAGCUGCAGCAGAGUGUGUUGGAGAAUGGAGGCUGUGACCUGGAGGCACUCAACCUCUAUCAGUACUCUCCACCCCACUACCUCACUCCACCUUACCUCGAGGCCACACCAGAGGUCACCUACCACCGUCUACGGCCGCAGGACCACUUCCUAAUCCUAGCCUCAGACGGCCUGUGGGACGAACUGGACAACGAGGAAGCUGUGAGGCUCGUGGCAGAACACUUAACAGGCAUUCACCUGCAGGCGCCCCUCUCCACCAGCCAACAGCAACUUAGCUUGGGACAGAUGCACCAGUUGUUGCUACGUAGACAAGCACGCGCAACACCCGCCCUUGAUUUGAACUCUGCCACACACCUGAUUCGCCAUAGUCUCGGGACCAAUGAGUAUGGAGAAAUGGAUCAAGAGAGGCUGGCAGCUAUGCUGGCCCUGCCAGAUGACUUGGCACGUAUGUAUCGGGAUGACAUCACCGUCAUAGUAGUUUAUUUUAACUCUAGUCUAAACAAAACAUCUUGUAAUUAAGGUUAGAUAUGUGUACCAUAAUUACCGGUGAUCAUGUCAGUUUAGUCACUUAACAUAUGAAGACAGUCUCUAAAACAUGUUAAAUAAUGUAUUACAAAAUAUAAUCCUAAUCACUAAUAUUUCCUAAUAACUUGUGUAUGUGUAUUCAUUGUUUCUCAAAAAUCCAUAAUUUUCAUUUGGAAGAGUGUAAGGUUCUGUUUUAUUCCAAGCAUUAUACAUGACAUAGUUGCAGCCAACUACUGUUGGUUUUUUUUUAUUCCUCAAGUAAAACUCUUGUAAUGUCCAAAUGAGAUUUACUGUGAAGAACAGCUGUCAUAUUACAAUCAUGUUUUUUCACAUCCACUCUUAAGCAAUUUUUAUAGACCUUUAUGGAGAUUUAAUUGCUGUAUUCUUUGUAUGUGUGAAUUUAAGUUUGUGUUUUUUAUAACCUUGAUGAACAACAUUCACUUUCCCUUCCCUUUUUUGCCUUCAUCAUCAUUAAUUUGUUUACUUCCCUGGAUGUUUCCUAAGUUGUUUUCACAUGGAAUCACUGUAUAAAAUGUUUUCAGUCUAGUGACAACAAAGCAUCAAUCCAUUGGUAAGUUUAAAGUUCAUAGUUAUUGUAAAAUUCAGUGGUUCAUAAGUCAUGUUUAUGUUGAUGUACAUAUUGCAUAAUUUAAGGCCUACUGAUGUAUAAUAUUCUGUUACUUAAUGCUGUGAUGUAUAUCAGUUGGGAUGAGGGAAGGUCUGUUUUGUUGGGGGCUUUUUAAAUAGCCACAAUAUUUAAACACAUGAAAAAUAAAUAAAUACUGUAUUUUCACUAAAUUAUUUAAUUAUAAUAGUAACUUUCCUAUGUUAAUAUGAACAUUAUUUUUUUGUAGUCUGUAUUCUAGCCCCUUUGCCUUCUUUAUUAUUAAAAAUGAAAAUUGUAUUAUUUUAGUUGUAUUUUUGGAGGGGGAGUGGGAUGGGAAGGUGUCUGACUCAUGUUUCAAACAAUUCACUGUCCAAAGCCAGUUCUCUUGGAUAUCUGAGCAAUUGGAGCAAAAACAUCUUGCAUUACUGUAUAGAACUCUGUAUCUCAUACAUUACAUUAAUUUCUCAAUUGGUGACCAUUCCUUGGAAGUGUAACGUUUGAAUAUUUUAAGAAAUUAAAUUUUUAUUUCAUGAAUGGAAUUU